UUAUGCCGCGGGGAGGUGUGGGCUCUAUUAUACGGGGGCGAUCCUUACUCGCAACCCCAAUCUAGGUCACGCCCUGCGAUUCGGUUUCCGCGUUGGGUAAGAUGCUCGUCGAGGAUCCAUCUGAUAACGGGUUUAUUUUAUUUUAUUUCUUUAUUUCCUUAUUUCUUUUGCGCUUCGGCUUCGGACACACGCCUGUCGUACCGGUCAUGGACCCACGGCGCCUCUCGAAACGCCGUCAUCAUAAAGCUUUUUUUUAUUUUUUUCUUUGUAGCUAUGAGUGGAAUUCAAUGAAGGGCGGCCUGGCACUGGACAGGCGGGCGUGCGGAAUUCUAAUAGCCCGCAUCCGUCUCCGUUGCCUCCCUGGCACGCCCGAGCUUCGAUGUUAUAAGACUCUUCCCGUCUUCCGGAGAGCGGGCAAAGUUUCUGAAUCGUCGAGUUGACGUCAUUUGCAUCCAAACCUCUCGCCGGAGAGAAAGAGACAGCUCAAUCAAGACCAUUUAUGAUGUUGAGCACGGCCCUGCCAGGUCGGACUCUUGGCGGCGGCGGCGGCGGCGACGGGGCUUUCGGCACGAAUCUCAUCUCGCCGUCCCACGCUCUCCUGGUCGCCGCGGCAUGCCUCCUAUUCUACGGCCUCUACAGGUGGGCUCUGCCCAAACCGAUCCCCGGCAUCCCUCACAACGCGGCGGCAGCGAAGCACAUCCUGGGAGACGUCCCCUCGCUGCUGGAAGGCAUCGGCCGUACCGGCGAGUUCAACCUCUGGCUCCUCGAGCAGGCGUCCAAGCUGGGGUCGCCGCUCUUCCAGGUCCUGAUCCGCCCGCUGGGCAAGCCGAUCGUGGUCCUCGCCGACUUCCGCGAGGCCCAGGACAUGCUCAUGCGGCGCAAGGACUUUGACCGGUCCUCCCUCGUCGCCGACCUGCUCGAGGGCGCCGGCCCCAAGCACCACAUCAUCAUGAAGACGGGGCCCGAGUGGAAGCAGCACCGCCGGCUCCUGCAGGACCUCAUGUCGCCGCAGUUCCUCAACGAGGUGGCCGCGCCGACCGUCUACGCCGGCGUCAUGCGCCUCAUCAAGCUGUGGAACGACAAGGCGAGCAUCGCCGACGGCCGGCCCUUCUCCGCCGAGACGGACAUCUACUACGGCGCCCUCGACGCCGUCAUGGCCUUUGUCUUUGGCGGCGGCUUCCCCAGUAGCGCCAUCCGCCCGACGAUAGAACUCGUCGAGGGGCUGGCCGACGACGACGUCGCGCGUCUCCGGCAGCGGGCGGACGACGGCAGCGGGCCCGUGGGCUUCCCUGAAGGGGAGUGCGACGAGACUCUCCAGGCGACGCUCGACGUGGCCACCUCGAUCCAGCAGCUGCAGGGCUCGCCGAUCCCUCGGAUCAAGUGGUGGUUUCUCGAGAAGCUGCCCGCCAUGCGCCGGACCUUCCGCAUCAAGCAGGCGUACGUACGUGAGGAGAUCGCCAAGGCGCUCAGGAGGCUGCACGAGGUUGGCAACGAGGAGUCCAAGGCCCUCUCGGCGGUGGAGCUCGUCGUGCUGCGGGAGAGGAGGAUGGCGGAGAACGAGGGCCGACAGCCCGACUUUUUCUCCGAGACGAUGAUUGACGAGGUCUUUGGCGUCGUCGUCGCGGGCCACGACACCACGAGCACGACCAUGUGCUGGGGCGUCAAGCUCCUGGCCGACCACCCCGGGACGCAGACGAGGCUGCGCUCCGCCCUCCGGUCCGCGCUCCCGGAGGCGAUGGCCGAGAACCGCAGCCCGACCGUGCGGGAGAUCUCGGGGACCAGGAUCCCCUACCUCGACGCCGCCAUGGAAGAGAUCCUCCGCUGCGGCGGCGCCGCGCCGCUGCUCGACCGCGAGGCCAUCUGCGACACGGAGCUGCUGGGCCGCCGCAUCCCCAAGGGCACCGUGGUCAUGUGCCUGAGCCGGGGGCCCAGUGUGCUGAAGCCGGCGCUGCCGGUCGACGAGGCGGCGCGCAGCGAGAGCAGCCGGGCCGCCAAGGGGCGGGCGUGGGACGACGCCGAUAUUUCGCAGUUCAGGCCGGAGCGGUGGCUCGUCGAGCCGCCGGCCGGGUCCGCUGCCGGCGCCGUCGCCGAGUUCGACCAGCAGGCCGGGCCCCAGCUCGCGUUCGGUCUGGGAACCCGCGGCUGCUUCGGGCGGAGGCUGGCGUAUCUGGAGCUGAGGAUCAUCUUGACCCUGAUCGUGUGGAAUUUCGAGCUGCUCCCUUGCCCGGAAGAGUUGUCCGGGUACGGGGCCCGGGAGGGUUUGACGUACAAGCCGAAGGACUGUUACGUCCGCCUGUCAGCUCUUGGCGUGAAGGACAAAUGAGUGGGAGGCCCGGUGACGGCGGUCAUGGGCAUCCGAGUGCUGCGAAUCUGGUGGGGUUCAAUCUUCUUCGUUAGAUACUAGAUAAUU